AUGGGUUGCAACAACAGCCCUGGCAACUGCCUUUCCCAUCCGCUGUCACAACUCCCUGUCCCAGGCAACCUCCCCUCCCGCCGCUCCCCUGUAAUUCCCAACUGGCCCCCCCCCCCCACUGCGCUCACUUGUAGACUCCCGGGGCGCGCUCCUCGACGUCCACAACCUGCGCCAGCAUGUAGUGGGGCCGCGCGAUGCCGUCGGAGCAUGUACGUGUACCCAGAGAGACGCGGACCUGAGCAAGAAAGGAGGAGGUGGAGGGGCAAGAGGGGAGGGGCGUGGGACCAAGCAGGCCGAGGGUGUGGAGAGGGUGGAGCGACGGUCACAGUGCAGCGGGGUGACGGGGGGUCCCUUGAGCUGUCACGGCGACCCCUGCUGGAAAAGGUCAUGCAGCCCAGAUGCCCCAGCCCUGGAAAAUAA